GCCCUCGACAUGUUCGGCGUUCGCAGGCAACUAAUUUCUCAGUCUCCGCAGUGUAUCCAAUCGAAGGUCGCCGGAAUUUAACGCAGCAUAUUUGGUUUGCAUGCUGUUCUGCCCGACAUGCGCUAAUCUGCUUGUGAUAUCCUCGCAAACGGGAUACAAUAAAUGGGCAUGCAAUACAUAUGUAUACGAGUUUCCGAUCUCGAAGCAGAUGACUUCCCGCUCGCGCAUGAAGCGCAAGGAGGUAGACGAUGUGCUUGGAGGAGAGGAGACUUGGCGGGAUGCUGAUUCUACUGUCGUCACUUGCGACAAGUGUGGCCACCCACGCGCAUAUUUCUAUCAGCUACAGAUUAGAUCUGCAGAUGAGCCUAUGGCGACGUGUGCGUGCAGUAUGCUUCCUCUGGGAUGGACUUACGAAACUCGGGCGCUGAUUUGCUUCUUUGGAUUAGUUUACAGAUGUGCCGGAUGUGCCUACCAAUGGCGUGAAAAUUAAUGGUUUUCAAAAUGCAUAUCCGAGAUAUGCUCAAAACGACCUAAUUUUCUCUUGGAUGUUUCCACCAAGCGGUUGCUGUUACUUGAGUUUAAUUUCACGUAUGCACUCGUAUCAGGGUGCACCAGGUGCACCCCAGAUAUCUUCCGCUUCUCGUUUCAAGUUAUUAAGGAUGACAUGUUCCGAGU